AUGUAAAAUUUAUGGGGAAUGUUAUCGAUUGUCAUUUCCAAGCCAACUGGACGCCGUUUUUUAUUUCGAUCAGUAGUGGCGAUUUUAACGUCUGUGCAAUCGGGAUUCAUGAAAGAAAAAGCGAACGCUGCUACGUUUCCCGUUCCCAAACUCCCAACAGCUCCAGUACACAGAAUAUACUCAAUAUACUAUGCUCCAGUCGACUGCGACCUGCGACGACUGUGACUGGAACAGUCUGACCGGGCGACGGGGCUAGGAGCAUUUUCAGAAUUUACACUAUUGCCUGCUAUUGCUCCUAUUGCUACUCACGAGCGCAGAUGUCCUAAACUUGUAAACUGCUCCGAAAUGUCACUGCGAUUUUCUUGGAACUGGAGCAGUCACAUACUGCGACGUUGGUGGAGCUGUGACAAAGUAGCGGACUGCGAUUUCACAACCCACCUCUAGAAUUAACUAACCUCAAUUUUUAAGAUACCAAAACAAAACCGCAGUAAAAUUUUGUAUAUUUGUUAUAGUAUUUAUUACAUUAUUAUAUGGAAUUGUUUUUGGAGAUAGUUAUAAUUUAAAAGGAAUAAUAUAUUUACUUUUAAGAUGCGGCUGAGUGUUGACGGUUUAAUAGUAUAUUUUCCUUACGAGUAUAUUUAUCCUGAACAAUAUGCCUAUAUGUGUGAGCUUAAGAAGGCUCUUGACGCCAAGGGCCACUGUUUGCUUGAAAUGCCUUCAGGAACAGGUAAAACCACGACCCUAUUAUCACUUAUAGUGGCGUACAUGAUUGAGAAUCCUCACGAUGUUAGAAAACUUAUUUACUGUUCUCGUACUGUCCCUGAAAUAGAAAAAGUUAUGGAGGAACUCAAGAAAUUACUGGAUUAUUAUGAAAAACAGGAUGGACAGUAUCCUAGUCUAGUUGGUUUAGUUUUAAGCUCAAGGAAAAAUAUGUGCAUUCAUCCACAGGUUAGCACUGAGAGGGAAGGAAAGAUUGUAGAUGGAAAAUGUCACAGUCUUACAGCCAGCUAUGUAAGAGAGAGACACAACAUAGAUGAUACAACUCCAAUUUGUCAGUAUUAUGAGGGUUUUGCAUUGGAUGGUAAAGAAAGCAAUUUACCAUUCGGUGUAUAUAAUUUAGAUGAUAUUAAACAGUAUGGAAGAGAUAGAAAUUGGUGUCCAUAUUUUUUAGCACGCUUUGCUAUAAUUCAUGCAAACAUUGUGGUAUACAGCUACCAUUAUUUAUUAGAUCCAAAAAUAGCAGACGUAGUAUCCAAAGAACUUGCCAGAGAGUCUGUAGUGAUAUUUGACGAGGCCCACAACAUAGACAAUGUUUGUAUAGACUCAAUGAGUGUAAAAAUUCGCAAAAGGACAAUUGAAAGGGCUUCAGCCAAUAUAGGAACUUUAGAAAAACAUGUAUCUGAAAUGAGAGACGAGGAUCACAGAAAGCUUCAAGAAGAAUACCAAAGGUUGGUUCAGGGGUUGCGUGAUGCAAGUGUGGCCAGAGAUACUGAUUUAAUAUUAUCAAAUCCUAUUUUACCCGAUGAAGUUCUGAAAGAGGCAGUUCCAGGGAAUAUUCGUAAUGCAGAGCAUUUUAUUAAUUUUUUAAAACGUUUUUUGGAAUAUCUUAAAACUAGAUUGAGGGUACAGCACGUUGUGCAAGAAUCUCCAGUAGGAUUUUUAAAAGACAUCCAACAAAAAGUGUGUAUAGAAAGGAAACCUUUAAGAUUUUGCGCCGAGCGUUUGGCCUCAUUGUUACGCACUUUAGAAAUUACUGAUAUGACGGACUUCAGCCCUAUUAUUCUUAUCACACAUUUAGCUACACUUGUAUCCACUUACACAAAAGGUUUUGUAAUUAUAGUGGAACCUUUUGAUGACAAGACACCAACAGUCUCGAAUCCUAUCUUGCAUUUUAGUUGUUUAGACUCCUCAAUCGCGGUAAAACCAAUCUUUGAUCGGUUUCAAAGUGUGAUCAUUACUUCAGGAACUUUGUCUCCAUUGGAUAUGUACCCUAAGAUAUUGGAUUUUCAUCCUGUAGUUAUGUCUUCCUUUACAAUGACUUUGGCUAGGCCGUGUUUGCUACCAAUGAUAGUUUCAAAAGGAAAUGAUCAAGUAGCAAUCUCUUCUAAGUUUGAAACACGUGAAGAUAAUGCUGUGAUAAGAAACUAUGGCCAACUUCUUGUAGAGGUUGCUGCCAAUGUCCCCGACGGUAUAGUCUGCUUCUUUACCUCCUACCUGUACCUAGAAUCUGUGGUGGCCGCCUGGUACGACCAGGGCGUCAUCGACAGCCUCCAAAGGUACAAGCUACUCUUUAUAGAGACCCAGGACUCGGCCGAGACCAGUUUCGCUCUGAUGUAUUACAUAAAGGCCUGCGAGUCGGGCAGGGGAGCCGUGCUUCUGUCGGUGGCUAGAGGAAAAGUCUCGGAGGGUGUGGAUUUCGACCACCAUCUGGGCAGAGCAGUGCUGAUGUUCGGUAUUCCGUACGUGUAUACGCAGUCGCGGAUACUGAAGGCCAGGCUGGACUAUUUGCGAGAUCAAUUCCAGAUUAGAGAAAACGAUUUUCUGACGUUCGACGCUAUGAGACACGCAGCGCAGUGCGUUGGCAGGGCAAUUCGGGGGAAAACCGACUAUGGUAUUAUGAUCUUUGCCGACAAGCGAUUCUCCAGAGCGGACAAAAGGUCUAAAUUACCGAAGUGGAUUCAGGAACAUUUGAAAGAUAGUUCGUGUAAUUUGUCCACAGAAGAAGCCAUACAGAUAGCAAAACGUUGGCUUAGACAGAUGGCACAACCAUUUACCAGAGAAGACCAGCUAGGCGUCUCUCUAUUAACCUUAGAACAGUUACAGAAUUUAGAAGACAAGAAAAGACAGGAAAAUGGCCAGGAUAAGAUGGAAUUGUAACACUUAGUUUAAAAAAAUGUAUGUAUAUUGAAAAACAAAAUAAAACUUUUUAU